AGUAGAGUUUGCAACAACUGAAGUCGCAUAUUUUAUGAGAAGAACUUCCACAGCAUGUCAAAAUACGCCUCACCGGAUCUUAUAGCUAAGGCUAUUGGAGUGAAUGCGCACAGUGUAAUUAACAAUAUUAAAGACACAAAAGACGAUAAGCUCGGCGAUUCAACAAAAAUAAAUGAUAGGCAAAACACUGGAGAGAUAACAGAGCUGGAUGAAAUACCAGAAUUACGACAUUGGAGAGAUCUAGGAUCAUACUUAGAUACUCUAAAGAAUGUGCCAGAGAAAAAUACGACUGACUCUGGCGUUUUCGAAAGUAGUUCAAGGCCAUUAACUCAGCCGAUAAAUUACAGAAUUUGCAACUCUUGUGGGACCGCAAUUUUAGAGAAAAACAUGGCAGAUCAUAUAAGUCAUUGCAGUACUGACAAGAUAAAAAAGGAGCCUACCAAUGAAAAGACUGAAGUCGCUGAAACUAUUAUAACAGCUGAUAACGCUGAUUCCAGCACAAGCAAAAAAGAAGUGGCGGUAAAAGAAAACAGCAGUCCAAAGAAGAUUAGCAAGCCAACCAAGAAAAUAGUGAAGAAAAGAAAGAAUGAACCAGUUGAAGAUAAUACUGAAGUAAGUAACAAAGAAAAUACCGCUGAAGAGCCCGCUCAAAAGAAACUCAAAACGGAACGGAAAAAGAAAGAACCCAAACCUAAGGCUAACAAAAACAAAGGACCUGUUGAUGUUGAACGUCAAUGCGGUGUUCCAUUGCCAAAUGGUGGAUUUUGUGCACGUUCGCUCACAUGUAAGACACAUUCUAUGGGAGCCAAGCGUUCCGUGUUAGGCCGUUCUGCACCUUAUGAUCAACUUCUCGCAGCCUACCAAAGAAAAAACCAAGCAAAGAUUGGAGCAGCAGCUGCAGCUGCUCAACAAGCUAAAGAUGAUUUGAUGCAUGGUGCUGGUGUUGCGUUAGAUGAUGAAGAGGAAACUCAACAGGUUUUAUCUGGCGUUUGUAGAAGCUCAGCCAUGCCGUUGGAGAGGAAUGUAUGUAUACCGGUUCGAAUGAGAACAGGAUACCUGAGAAUGAGGGAAAUGUUUGCUUCAAGCUUACUGCCAAGGUUACAGAAUAACCCUUUAGGUAAGAUGUAUGCACGUGCUGCAGUGAUGAAUGUUGAAAAUAUUGGGGAGAACUCCUUUUUCCCUGUAAGAUCCCAGCAUCAAAAAAAUAAUCAGCAACGUCAGAACUUGAAACACAAUCAAAAUGCUGUACACUUACAAGUUCAAAAGCAAACGCAGCUUCACGCAAAAGUACAGGCACAAGCCCAAGCCCAAGCCCAGGCCCAAGCUCAUGCACAGACACAAGCUGCAUCUAUGGUAUCUCAGCAACAAUCAUCCGGCAAAAAGCCUGUCUCGAAUGAUACGGGAAUGGCUGGAAACUACAACGUCUCAACUAGAGGAAUGAACAUAUCUACACUGACUCCUCAGCAGCAACAGCAGAUGCUUAUGCUAGGGCAGGUACAAAUGAUGAAAUCGUUACCAAAAUAAUUUGCGAUCGCUUCUAAAAACUUCUAUAGGUCAUUUUUAUACUUGUAUUAUAUACAUGCUUUAGGGAAUUGAAAUGGUCGUUUUGUGGGUUUUUCAGUUCCACAAUCACUUUUGCUCAGAGGAGCUUCCCUCCGUCGAUGUUUUCUUCUCUAAUGGAGCGACUUUAUCGCUCAAGCGUACCUUUAUGAAUGACGAUUCCUUCCAGUUCCCGUUUUCGUCAAAAUUUUCAGGGUUAGGCGGUGAGUAUUUUAUUAUUUGGUAGUCCUUCACCAAAUACAAACCAAUCAAAAACCCACCAAUGAGGCCAAAACUCAUGACGUUGAAACGUCCACCAACUGUCUUCUGUGACAUGCUACCGGUAGUGAAUGCGUGCUACACGUUCAAUAGUCUGAAUUGUAGAGUCAAAAGUGUGAAGCUGAAAGUGGUGAAUUCAUGUUAAACUUUAUCGCACAAUUAAGUCUCGGC